AAAAGAAUGAUUCUUCCUUAAAUGAAGUCUUUAUUUUUAUCUUCAACUAAUUGUGUAUUUCUGACUAUAAAAAUAGAAAUGAGUCUACAGAUAGAAUAAGAUUGGCAAAGAAAGGAGAAAUAGAUUACAAAAGUAAGUUUUAUUUAAGGAUAAUUUUUAAAUCCAAUGUUUUUGAAACAAAGGCCCUUAGACUUCUUAGAAAUUGAUGGCUAUAUGCUUAGAAGUCUAGAGAUCUAAAAAAAUUUUAGUGUUUUCAUUUUUAAGCUAACAUUUUGAUGUAAGACGAAAGGACUCAUAAAUAGAAGCAAUCAAAUGAAAGACAUGGUCUUAUAGGAUAAGAUUUUCGUUUAUUACAUCUAUAUAUCUCAAACUAGGGUCCAUAGAUAAAAUCUUGAGAGUUUUCCAGAAGUAUUAUCUUUUAGAAAGGGAACCACAUCUUAUUCCACUUUGAGAAACAGUUUUUUAAAAUGUGUUAAUUUACUUCUAUUUUUUCCGUAUUCUUUCUACUCUGAACAAUUCACUAGACUCCCUCUGUGCUUCCAGUCUUGCCCCCACCACAACCCCAUCUCCUGAAAGUAUAAGUGAGGUGUCUAGGUAGAAUUUGGAAUUGUCUUUCUUAUUGAACCAUAAUUUUCAGUGAAGAUAAUUCCUCUGAAGAUACUUGAGAGAAGGAUGUGUGGGUGUUAAUGUUUAGGGAGCUGACAUGUGAGUUUGUCAAAGGAAGGCAUUCAAGGUGAGUCUCAUCUGGAAAUCAAAGCUAGAAUUAGUGCUCUUCAGGUUCCCUCUGGUUUUGUUAUCAGAAAGUAGUCUACAGGCUUCAGCUGGGUCCCAAUGAACUUUGCUAAGCUAAUAUUCAAAUAAAUGUGUAACUUAUUGCUACACAGUUACAAAGAACCUAGUCAGAAAAAAACAAACACUUAUAGAAAUUCUUAACUAUCCAAAAGUGAAAAUCUGUUUGUGUGUAGUACUUAACCACAGCAUAGGGAUAUAAACAAGAAAUAUUUGAAUGAAUGAAAGGUGUAUUUAGAGGCAUUAAAAUUAGGUUUCUAAGAACAAUCCUAAGAUCUAUAAAUAUAGGGCAGUAUGAUGAUACCAGAUUGCUUUUCAUUCAUAAAAAUUUGUUCAUCAGGUCAGCACACUCCUCUUUUGUUCAGCACACUCCUCUUUUGUUUAGCCUCUUAGAAAUCUGGGAUGCUUUCAGAUGGAGCUGUGGCAUAGCUACAUAAGCAUUGAUUUAGGAACCACUCCCUGCUUUCUUUUCUGCCCCACCACUAAUUAUAUGAACUUGGACAGCUUACUUAACCUCUUUGCUCCUUGAUUUUUUCGUGUAAAAUAAUGCCUACUUGAAAGUCUGUUGAAUGAAAUGAGAUACUGUAUGUCAAAGUGCCUAACACACUGUUGGCUUCAUAGUAGGUACUCAGAAAAUUAUGGUAUUGUUUUCCCUUAAUGGAUGGGGAAUUACAUUUACCUACUGAUAAAGCUUGAUUACAACCUGACUUUCUAUAUGUCCAUUCUUCCUAGGUGUUGUGAAUAAGGAAAAUGCUCUUCGUUAAGCCAUAUUUGUGACUUCCGAUAUUUCACUAAUACUUUUCAAUCAAGAAAACAGCAUUGCUAACUUGCCUAUCACUUUAAAGUGGUAUUUGAAGGAUUUGUGUGAUACAAUUAUGACUUUGUAAUUAGGCACCCUAAAAACCUGAUCAGGCCUAUUGCUUACUUUCUUUGAUUCAUCUGUCUUCUCUGCUGUGAUCACCUUGUUCCUCCUGAUAUGGAAGGCGUGAUAAAGCGGAAUUGGGAAUAUAUAUGUAACCAUGAUAAAGAAAAAACGAAGAUCCUAGGAGACAAAAAUGUUGAUCCCAAGUGUGAAGACAGUGAGAACAAGUUUGACUUUUCAGUGAUGUCCUAUAAUAUACUUUCACAAGAUUUACUGGAAGAUAACUCUCACCUUUAUAGACAUUGCCGGCGGCCAGUAUUACACUGGAGUUUUAGGUUUCCCAAUAUUCUGAAAGAAAUUAAACAUUUUGAUGCAGACGUACUUUGUUUGCAAGAAGUUCAAGAAGAUCAUUAUGGAGCAGAGAUCAGGCCAAGUUUGGAAUCACUGGGUUAUCACUGUGAAUAUAAGAUGCGGACAGGAAGGAAACCUGAUGGCUGUGCUAUUUGCUUCAAACAUUCCAAAUUUUCACUCUUGUCAGUGAACCCAGUGGAGUUCUUCCGCCCUGGUAUUUCUCUGUUGGACAGAGACAAUGUUGGAUUAGUUUUACUCUUGCAGCCCAAAAUUCCAUGUGCUGCCUCUCCUGCGAUCUGCGUAGCAAAUACGCAUCUGUUGUAUAAUCCAAGACGAGGUGAUAUUAAGCUGACGCAAUUGGCAAUGCUACUGGCAGAGAUUUCCAGUGUUGCCCACCAGAAAGAUGGCAGCUUCUGCCCUAUUGUUAUGUGUGGUGACUUUAAUUCUGUUCCUGGUUCUCCAUUAUAUAGUUUCAUAAAGGAAGGAAAAUUGAAUUAUGAAGGACUUCCCAUAGGAAAGGUAUCUGGCCAGGAACAGUCUUCACGGGGACAAAGAAUUUUAUCUAUUCCAAUUUGGCCCCCAAACCUAGGUAUCUCACAGAACUGUGUGUAUGAGGUACAGCAGGUACCAAAAGUAGAAAAGACAGACAGUGAUCUGACACAAACACAGCUGAAGCAAACAGAGGUCCUAGUGACAGCUGAAAAAUUAUCUUCAAAUUUACAGCACCAUUUCAGCUUGUCAUCUGUUUAUUCACAUUACUUUCCUGACACUGGAAUUCCAGAAGUGACCACCUGUCAUUCCCGAAGUGCCAUAACUGUGGAUUAUAUUUUCUACUCCGCAGAAAAGGAAGAUGUUGCUGGGCACCCAGGAGCUGAAGUUGCUUUGGUUGGUGGCUUGAAACUUCUAGCUAGACUGUCACUUCUUACAGAACAAGACUUGUGGACUGUUAAUGGACUUCCAAACGAAAAUAACUCUUCAGAUCAUCUGCCUUUAUUGGCAAAGUUCAGACUUGAGCUCUGACUCUCUUUGAUCACAUACUAAUUUUCUUUCCAAUUUGUAUUGUUUUUCAAAGAAUGUAAAGUUCUUAAGUGUAUGCAUGUCGUUUAUUUUUGCACUGUGGAGAUUCUGAAGCAGUUAUGUUAGAUGCUUUGAAACUCCAUAUCAGAAGAAACAACUUUAUAACAAUUUUUUUAAUAAUGAAAAAUAUUUUCCUGACAAGUGAGAUCCAAAUACUCUUUAUUGUAAAAGAGAUGUAAAGGUUUUAUAUUCUAAAUCCUAGUAAAAUUGACAGUGAUUUUUAAAUAUAAUGCAUCUUCCUUUGUCUGCUUAGUAAAAAAUUUCAUUUCAUAAUUUUGGCAAGCUCUGUAGUGGAUCCAAAGUAUCUUUGAGUUCUUGCAAACUACAAGUUGUUUCCUUUCCAGAAGGCUUGAUUUCAUUAGGAGAUCCCUCUAUUGAGUUCUAAAUAGUUUAUCUUAGAAAUCCUUGGGUCAUUCACAGGUAUCCAACCAGCCAUUGUUUAGUUUGUUUUUGAAGGGGUUUGAUAAUGCUUUUUAAGUUGUACAGAAUGCUUAAUCCAUCUUAUUACUGUCCUGAGCCAUGUAAUAUGCCUGCAUCAUGUUGGGGAAAUGUUUGGGAAAUGUAAGUCAGCAGAAUGUAUAAAGCUUACUCUUUCAUCCUGGAGCAGACAGAGGUGGGCUUAAUAGAGGCAGAGACUGGGGAUAUACCUUUGUUUCCCUAGCAUUUUUAUUUAUUUAUUUUUAUUUUAUUUUAUUGUUUUGAGAUGGAGUUUCACUCUUGUUGCCCAGGCUGGAGUGCAAUGACAUGAUCUUUGCUCACUGCAACCUCUGCUUCCCGGGCUCAAGCAAUUCUCCUGCCUCAGCCUCCUGAGUAGCUGGGAUUACAGGCAUGCGCCACCACUCCCAGCUAAUUUUGUAUUUUUAGUAGAGACAGGGUUUCUCCAUGUUGGUUAGGCUGGUCUCGAACUCCCGACCUCAGGUGAUCUGCCCACCUCAGCCUCUCAAAGUACUGGGAUUACAGGUGGGAGCCACUGCACCUGGCAACAUUUUUUAAAAAUUCAGUUUUAAGAUCUCUGGUUUAGGGGAGAGAUUUUAUUUUACUGAACCAGUUCUAUAGAAAUUUAUUUUAUUAGGAAAUUUGUCUUUGGAACAAAGUGGCAGCUAUAAAAUUAUUUUUGUUAUGCCUCAGAAAUAUGAGGAAGCCUGUAAAACUCUAGUGGGGAGAUAUUAACUUGGAGACCUAAUACUCUGUAAAUAGUCAUUUAAACUGUUGGUGUUAGUGGUUUUGUUUCUAAAAUGUUUUCUUUUACAGUGAUGCACCAGUAUGAGAUGGUGCUGACACUUUCUAUGAAGUGGUUAUGAGCAGGUUUAAUAAAUCCUCUAUACAAGUGUUUGAAUCAAUUUUAAAACAUAAAAAGUGGAAAUUUCCUUUUUUGUAGACAGUAGGAACAAGGAAUUAUAUGCAUUUUUACUAAGUAGUAAUUUUACACUGAAUUAUAAAUGUUUUUACAGUGAGUUUUAUUAAUAGAAUGCUUCACCUUAAAUUGGAAAACAAUAAUAGUCUUGGACUAAGUCUUUGUACUAAAGCAUUUGCUAUAAUUAUUUUUUAAAAAACCAAACAGAUGAAAACCUCAAAGAAGGCAUGUGGAUUAUAAGAUUUGUCUAGUAAAACUUGUAAUUGAAUAUGUUUAAAUAUUUAAUUUCUCACUUUGGGGGGGUUUUAUUUUUUUAUUUUUUAGAUGGCAUCUCACGCUAUCGCCCAGGCUGGAGUGCAGUGGCGUGAACUCAGCUCACUGCAACCUCCGCCUCCUGGGUUCAAGCAAUUCUCCUUCCUCAGCCUCCCAAGUAGCUGGGAUUACAGGCGUGCACCACCAUGCCCAGCUAAUUUUUGUAUUUUUAGUAGAGAUGGAGUUUUGCCAUGUUGGCCAGGCUGGUCUUGAACUCCUGACCUCAGGGGUGAUCCACCCGCCUCGGGCUCCCAAAGUGCUGUGAUUACAGGCAUGAGCCACCAUGCCUGGCCUUUGGGGGGAUUUUAAUUACAGUAUUAAUUAUAGUUCCAGGAUUUCCCACAUUUUAUAGUAGUAGUUUGCAGAAUAUUAUGUGCCCUAAUUAGCAGAUACAGACAUUAUCAAAUUAUAAUGAUAGUAUAAUUAUCCCUUUUUAAUACUGGGGAAAGAAAAAAUGAAAAUUCAUUAGUUAAUUACUGCUUUGUGUUGUGUGAAUUUAUUAACAAAUAACAUUAUUACAUAUAGGUCAUUGUUAACAAACAUCCCUGAAAACCUCUGUGAAAAUUUAAUUUUUUAUAUCCUGAUUAAUAUAUUGUGACUUUAGGCCCAUUUUUCAUGUGCUUCACUUUGAUAGAGUUAAUCCAUAAAAUUGCUGCCUACUUUAGCUUAUCAAAUGAAGUAUUAUUUUGUGGACUGGAAGCCAAAAAGUCAAUGUGAGCUUCUCACAGGUUUUUAAAGCUCCACUAAAAAUAAUUAUCCACUUGUCUUUACUUUUGUUGACCAGAAUAGUUGUUAACUCUGCCAGAGCCUGUACUUACCUGCCAAAAACAAUUAAAUCUGGUUAAUGCCUGAAACCAAAUCUCUCAGUCUCAAGUGUUAUACUAUCCAAGUUUUAAAUGGAAAGGUAAACUGUGGAGUAAUGAAAUUUUGGUUUUACUGUACCUUUUGCUAUCAAGAUAAUAUGCAUGUUUGAAAUCUUGUCUUUAUUUGGAAUUUAGUUACUGUCUGCUUUUAACCAUUUGCUUUCCUAAAGAAAGUUUGAGAUCCAGAGAGUUCAAGGGAUUGGGGAAAGAGAGGCGUCAAGUCAUUUGCACUUUGUACCUGUAAGUUAUGUAAUAAACUAUUAUACUCGUA